GGUGAUUUCGUAGCAUUCGAUAAAGAGUCAGAAACAGUUAUAUAUGAUUGACGAGUACGGUGAAGCUAGGGCUCAGGUCUGUGUUAACUAUUCGUGAUUUAAAAAAGACGGCGGUUUUCGUGAAUAAUUACGCGACGGAAACAGCGCGGUACCCCAUUUGAUUCAUGGGAUGGGCUUGUUUACGAACUAGUAGAAAUUGUGUUCUGUCGAUGCCGUCCAAUUCAUGUCGACGAGUCCGUUGUGUCAAGUGCAAGUUGUCAAGCGUUUAUAAGAACAAUCCAGGUCUCGUUAGCUAGUUACGAGAAGUAGAAAGCGCCAGCAGCAACAAUAUGUCUAAGAAGUUAUCACUGGCGCCGUCUGUUGUAUCGUCGGAAGACGACGAACCAGAGGUUCAGGAGAUAACGCCUCUAAGCGAUCCUGUUGCCAGUGCUGCAGUUAGUACGCAAUGUGGCGACCCCCAGGAAAACGGUGCCCAGCCACUGUCAACACCAAAGGGCGACAGCCAGAAUGGCAGUAUAAUGGUUAUCGAGAAGCUACAGGUCACGGAAGCUGGCGAGAAACGAUCUCGCAAUUGUAAAGAGUUGAGAAGUGAUGUCAGUGAAGAUGGCUGCUUUUUCGGCGGAGGGAUUGAGGUCGACAGCAAGAGAUCGUGGCUCGUUGCGGUCAUCUGCGCCUGGGUGAUGUUUUGGACGUUACUUGUCAACAGAACUAGCAGUGUAAUAUUUGUUUCACUAAAUGAGGAACUUGGGAUGCCUAGAGAAGAGGCUGCCACUCCCUUCUCUAUGCUGGGAGCUGUAUCUAAUAUAUUUGCGGUUGUGAGCGGUCUGCUUAUUCGAUUGUUGCCAUUGCCUCGGGUUAGUGCCUUAGGGACAUUUCUCACGAGCUUGGGCAUCGUCUUGGCGGCGUCAAUCUUCAACCGGUUAGCUAUCAAGUACUGCAUUGGAGUUAUCACGGCAAUCGGACAAUCGUUAAUAUUUCCGACAAAUAUGGUAGCUGUCAAUACCUAUUUCGAACAGCAUCGUACAACCGCUUCGGGCGUCAGCUACGUUGGAGGCACCCUCGUGUCCUUUGUUAUGCCAGACGUAUAUGAGGCACUGGUGAAGAGGUUCGGUCUUCGAGUGACUCUUGCCAUUAUCGGAGGGUUAACUCUCAACGCGCUGAUCGGAGCGUUUAUUUUACAGGUUCCGGCUCGACCUAAACGAGUCGACGUCAACUUAUGCAAUAAUAAUAAUACUUCUGUACUAGCUGAUGGUAAGUCGAAACCAGCUAGACCGGCUCUUCAGCUUGCUGAAAUCUGGAAAAACCCUCACAAGCAGCUGGCAUUCAUGAAACGGCCAAUAUUCUACCUCAUUAUGGUUUCAGGUAUUGUAUUCGCAUACGUCCUUGUGCUAUUCAAUGUUACUGUAGUGGCAUUCGCUAAAGAAAAGAGCUUUGUCAAGCCCAAACUUACGCUGUGGUUUUAUGCAGCGGGUGACCUCGUCGGCAGGCUAUUUUCCGGGCAGUUAUCCGAUCGGGGUUGGCUUCACCGGCGUACCGUAAUUGCUUUGGGUUUCUUAUUAGGUUCCGUUGCCACCUUCGGCAUGACGAUCUCUUCGUAUCGGGAGGCGUGUUUUGUAUUCUGCUUGCUUUUUGGCCUAUCGGCAGGCUCAGUGAUGAUCCUAUUUUCUGUGCUUCUUACCGAAUAUCUCGGAUUAGCCAAUCUUCCGCUUGCCCUUGGGGUACAUUGUCUUGUUAACGGACUGGCUGCUUUACCGCGACAUGCGCUUAUACGAUUCUUGUCUCAAGAUGGCUCGUAUUGGCCUCUCUAUUUGUUCAUGUCGGUCAUAUCGGUAGUGACUGCUGUCGUGUGGGCACUUCAUUGUCUAUACAUUGAUUUUCGAUCCCACUUCGGUGUAAAACGAAACCCUUUCGCUGAAGAGUACUAUUCACCAAAAGAGAUACAAUUAGAGAAGAAUAUCUAUGGCGAUCGUGAGGAUGGCGCCCCGAAUACCCUGCAAACAGGAUCAGACGCAAAUGAAGAAAGAUCAUUUACGACUGCAAAAUCAUAGUUGUCAUAAGGACCUUAAAGACAAUAGUCUAGCGUAUAGUUUUUAAACUGGUAGAUAUCUACAACGGUACGACCUGUUCAGAUUACGUGCCUGUAACGUUGGGCCUUCCAUAUUUUCAAUGCUGUAAAAACGAUCCGAUGGUGUAAAUUUUUUUCUGUUAUAUCGAUGGCUGCAUUUAACUCCAUACAGCACGUACUUGUGCAGAAGUUCGAAUUUAAGAGUGACGAUUCAGGGUAACUUAUGAAAAAAAAAAAAAAAAAAAAGAGCAAAAAAAACAUUCGAGUCAAGUCGGGACAGGUCUUCGAGCACUUCAGCACUGAUCUGCUACCUCAUCUGUUGCGAAAACCGUUUAUCGCUGAGCUUAGCUUGUUUUUCGUAUAGUCAGAGAGGGAAUAGGCAAAUAUAGCAAAAGUAAAAACAAGUAAAUAACAGAACGUUUCAUAUUAACAAAGAUUGCUAGCGUAUAAUUUAUCGUAUACGGGCAUUUUUGUAUAUUACUACGAGACGUUCAAUCUGGUCAAUUUAAUUCAGCUAUUUGGUAUAUGCAUUUACUUUACGGCGACAAUUUAUCGGAAACAGUUCUAUGAUUUGAUAACAUCCUCUUGUUCUUGCGGCGACUAUAACUCGUUAAGAACACGCGCAAGUCUAAAAGUUAAGACAUUUCGAAUAAGAGGGUGAACGGGAAGCUUUACUCGGCACUCCACAGACUAGCCGAUAGAUAUAUAUAUACACCCUUUGAGCUGAAUAUAUUCCCCCGAUUCGCUGAACCUUGACCAAAGGAGCACCCCCCAUUGGAUGCAUUAUACAUACGUUAUACACCAUGCGUUUGUUUAGGUGAGCUGUCCGGACUAGAAAUACAGUAGAAAACGUGACUGAGGUUGUCGUUAGGUCAGUACUGCGUACCAUUAUAGCUCACGUAUACUCAAUAUACUGAGAGUGGGUAAAAUGAUUGAAGGUUUACACAUUACUAAAUGUGCAACAGUGUGUCAUAUGUUAGCAGGGUAAUGAGAGCUACGAUUUUACAAAUUGCACUUUGCAAUUGUAGACCGUAACGCCGGUUCGAUCAUGUGUGGCUUAAUUGAUAUUACAUACGACUCAUCUUUGCAUUUAACGAUGUUCCCUAUUGUCUCAUACUGGUUUCAUGUAUCCCACGAACAUAUUACUUUUAACAGAAGUGACAUACAGGUAUACUCAGAAAAAAAAAACACAAUGCUCAAUUUUAGCCCAAUUUAUAAAUAGCAAUUGCUAAUUGUGUUUAAAUAUUUAGAUACUUAUGUGAAGCAAGGAAGAUCUAUACAUAUGCAUGCGUACACGUCGCUGGCAUCUGGCCUCAAAGUCAAGCUCUGUGCGUAUGUCUAUGUACACAUAUGUAUGUCAUGUACAGUUCUCUCUAUUAUUAUUUAUUGGUAAAUAACAUCUACGAGAUCGAUACAACGCCCCCAAAGACCAUUUUUUUGUUUUUCUUUUUUUUUUCUUUUUUUUUUUUUUUUUUUUUUUGAUAGCCUAACGGUUUAACCUUUCAUUUUCCUUCGUGCAUCCAAACGCAGCUGAAGAACGCAUAUGGUGAGAUACGUAGAAUAGUAAAGAGAGGUAUCUUUACUUUUUUCGGAUAUCUUUAGUGCUUUAGGUAUGAAAAUAGUGUUCAUACAUAAGAUGAUGCCGCUGCAUGAAAACGAACACAGUAGCAUGGAGGAGUCUUAGCCAGAAACAUUUUCUAUACAGCAGUAUAUUUCGCUAAAAGGGUAAACCACAAAUAGUCGGGUGUAUAAUUCGUUAUAUAUAUCUUCUAUUGAAGUUUGGCAUGCGAACGUAGUGAAACUGGCUAGAAAACACAUUGCGAGAUCAUACUAAAAUAAGUUGAAAUUGUUACGAUGAAUGGGCUGUUCGUUGAGAGAGUAAACCUACCCAUAUAUAAAAAAAAAAAAAAAAAAAAA